UGCAGGGGGCAGGGCGAGUGUGUGAGGGAAGCAGGCAUGUGAAUGCCGGGGAGUGUGUGUCGGGGCAGGGUGCGCACAGGUUGGGGGCUCGAGUGAUGGGUGGGGGAAGGAGCCCCGGGAAACAGUGUGCCUUUGUGAGGGUGUGUGUGUGUGUGUGUGCCGCUGAGUCUGUGUGCAGUGGGUGUGGGUGUUUGUCUCCCUGUAUCCGCCUUCUCUCCCGUUCUGGACUUUUAGCCUUCCUGGGCUCCUUUUUCCCGUGUCCUACGCCCUCCCUCUCGGGGCUCGAAUGAGGUGCCCUAGUGGAGGAGGGGGGCACCCUCCAGGAGCCUAGUCCAACCCCAGACGCUGCCUGAGGCUUCCCUCCAGCUCCCCCUCCCUUCCUUUUCUCCCUUUCCUCCCUCCCUCUCUUUCCUCUCCUCCCUCCCCCCCCCCCGGCUGGCGUGCCAGGGGGUGGGACAUGCCAAUCACUGGCUGUGCCUCUCCGGCUGCCAGCACAGGGCGCAGCUCCCCCCGGGAGCCAGGUGUUUGGGUCCCUGGAGACGCCGCCGGCCCCCGGGGAGGCAGUGGGGCUGAGGACCCUACAGACCCCUCUCCAGUCCCAUGGGAACCCUGAAUCCCACCACCCCCAUCCACCUUCAGCCCCCCCAAGAUGGACUGAACCAGGUUGCUGGCCACACGGACAAGCUGGAUGCCAAGGUGAUGACCUCCCCCUGAGGAAGCCCUGUAGUGUGACUAGAGAAAGGGGCUGCCCGCCCAGCCCCACCCGGCCACCAUGAAUACCUCGGCCCCACCCGCCGUCAGCCCCAACAUCACGGUUCUGGCACCGGGAAAGGGUCCCUGGCAAGUGGCCUUCAUUGGGAUCACCACAGGCCUCCUGUCACUGGCCACAGUGACGGGCAACCUGCUGGUCCUCAUCUCCUUCAAGGUCAACACUGAGCUCAAGACAGUCAACAACUACUUCCUGCUCAGCCUGGCCUGUGCCGACCUCAUCAUCGGUACCUUCUCCAUGAACCUCUAUACCACGUACCUGCUCAUGGGCCACUGGGCUCUGGGCACACUGGCCUGCGACCUCUGGCUGGCCCUGGACUAUGUGGCUAGCAAUGCCUCCGUCAUGAACCUGCUGCUCAUCAGUUUCGACCGCUACUUCUCCGUGACCCGGCCCCUGAGCUAUCGAGCCAAGCGCACGCCCCGCCGGGCGGCCCUGAUGAUCGGCCUGGCCUGGCUGGUUUCCUUCAUCCUCUGGGCCCCAGCCAUCCUCUUCUGGCAGUACCUGGUAGGGGAGCGGACGGUGCUGGCCGGGCAGUGCUACAUCCAGUUCCUCUCCCAGCCCAUCAUCACCUUUGGCACAGCCAUGGCCGCCUUCUACCUCCCCGUCACGGUCAUGUGCACGCUCUACUGGCGCAUCUACCGGGAGACGGAGAACCGGGCCCGGGAGCUGGCGGCCCUGCAGGGCUCUGAGACGCCCGGUAAGGGGGGCGGCAGCAGCAGCAGCUCAGAGCGGUCCCAGCGGGGGACUGAGGGCUCGCCAGAGACCCCUCCGGGGCGCUGCUGUCGCUGUUGCCGGGCCCCCAGGCUGCUGCAGGCCUACAGCUGGAAGGAAGAAGAGGAAGAGGACGAAGGCUCCAUGGAGUCCCUCACGUCCUCGGAGGGUGAGGAGCCUGGCUCCGAGGUGGUGAUCAAGAUGCCCAUGGUGGACCCCGAGGCGCAGGCCCCCGCCAAGCAGCCCCCCCGGAGCUCCCCCAAUACGGUCAAGAGGCCCACCCGGAAGGGGCGUGAGCGAGCAGGCAAGGGCCAGAAGCCCCGCGGGAAGGAGCAGCUGGCCAAGAGGAAGACCUUCUCGUUGGUCAAGGAGAAGAAGGCGGCUCGGACCCUGAGUGCCAUUCUGCUGGCCUUCAUCCUCACCUGGACACCAUACAACAUCAUGGUGCUGGUAUCCACCUUCUGCAAGAACUGCGUUCCCGAGACGCUGUGGGAGCUGGGCUACUGGCUGUGCUAUGUCAACAGCACCAUCAACCCCAUGUGCUACGCACUCUGCAACAAAGCCUUCCGGGACACCUUCCGCCUGCUGCUGCUCUGCCGCUGGGACAAGCGUCGCUGGCGCAAGAUCCCCAAGCGCCCCGGUUCCGUGCACCGCACCCCCUCCCGCCAGUGCUGAUGGCCCCUCACCUGCACCCCGCCACCCCAGUCCCCGGGAGAGCCGGGUGGAAAGCGGGCAGGGGCUGCGACCUCAGACCCAGGGCCCUGCUCAGCCCUCGCCGGGCUUCGCAGGCCCCUAGGUCACCUUCCUGAACAGCCCAGAGAGACCCUGCCAACUUUCCAAACUUAGCUCUUUCCAGCCAGGGAAUGAACCCGGGGAACUGGUUUUUCUGUUCCCUGCUGGGUGGGAAUAGGCUCUUCACCAGGAAGAAGGCUGGGGGAGGAGGCUCCAGGCUUUGGAUCCCUUGUUUGCCUUCAGGCAGGAAGUCUGUUAGGGAGCCAGUGGGGCGGGUCAGGAGAAAGAAGGUUUACAUUUCAGUCAUCUCUGGCCCCGGGGGGGCUGGCCCAGAUUGUGGGAGACGGCACCCCCUGGGGCGAUGGCAAGCUUGCCUCUCUCUCGGGGAGCAGGGAUCCCCCUCCCCUCCCCAGGCACAGCCCACUCUGCCGGGGCCCUAGGCACACUCUCCGGGAUUGUCCAGCCUCCCUGAAAAUGUCCCCAGAGUGUCCCUAUGUGGGUCACCCCAAGGCAAAUGUCUAAGCAUCAGCAGGACAAUGACACCAGAAGAGACCAGAUGGGCUAGUCACACACCAAGUCCCAAGGCAGCCGCAGGACCAGGCAUCGGGAGUCCUGAUCGUCCCACUGUGUAGUUUCCCUGGGAGUGAGGGGCAGGGGUCCCUGCUGUCCAGCCCCACACCUAUGCCCUCAGUCCCUCCCUCCCUGCCUCACAGCCACCACCUGGAUGGAUCUGCUCCGAGCAGCUCUAGCCAGGCCUCCCGCAUGCUGCCUGCCUCCGGCCUGCCCCGCACAGGCCUGGCCCGGCCCACGGGUCCUCUCCUGUGAGCUCCCAGUCCAACCAUGCAUGGCCUCCCAGCCGCCCUUAUCUCCAGGCCCAGCCUGACCCCAAAUGUUCUUUCCUUCCAUCCUCAGCAAGUGCUGAGUCUGUGAAUAAAGCCACGUGACUAGUGGGCGCAAUGGGGCCUACUUCCCUGUGUGGAUCCAGGGCCUGGUCUUAGACCAGGGCAGAAUGGGACAGGGAGGGCCCAAGGAUCAUGGAGUGUGGGCCACUGUCCUGAGGGUGGUCCCAGGAGGGGGCAGCACUGAGUGGCUGGAUCUACUGAAACCUGUGGGCCCCAGCACCCUGGGGUCCCCGGCUCAGGUGAGUAGGGCUGUAAUGGGCAGGCCUGGAUACCGGAAGUAGGGAGGCCAGGUGAAAUAAACUGCCCUUGCCCAUAGCCCAGCAUAUUUUUUAUCAGCUUUGCCAUAUGUGGCUGCUCCGGGGGCCCUGUUACACCCAGGGAGAGCGGAACUGCUCCAAAGCCCCAUUUAUAGAUGGGGAGACCAAGGCCCAGUGACCCAGGAGGACUAUUCAGGGUUACCCUACCAAGCAACACUCAGGCUUCCAGGCAAUUCACAGCCUCCUGACCCCUGGACUAUGGAGAUGGGGCGCCAGGCCAAAGCACUCCAUAAAGGUGACCCUCAGGCCAGGUUCUAAGGCAUUUCAUUGAUUAGGGGAGCCCUCAAGCCUAAAACAAAGGAAGCGCAGAGAGGUUAGUCCCACAGCAUAGAGUAGUGGUUCUCAAAGUCUGGUUACCACCGGGGGUCCUCAAGACCACCCUUAGGUUCAAGGAUUCACUAGAAAGAUACCCAGAACUCAGCAAAGCUGUUACACUCAUGGUUAUAAUUUAUUAUAGUAAAAAGGAUAUAAAUUAGGGGCGCCUCGCUGGC